GCCGUCCUCCGAGUGAAACUGGCUUCCGUCGUCGGCCAUUGCGGCUCAGGCGCUCGCACGCACUCAACGGGCCCCUCAUCCCCUCGCUCGACCCCGAAUGUCGCCGUUUUCCCCGUCGCCGCUCAAGUGGCACUGGCGGCGAAAACACUAGCGCCAUUUCUGUCAACGUCCAUGAUACGCUAUGCGACCGCAGCGGAUUCCAGAGCCCGACGAGCUCGGAACGGCUGCGACGAAGAAGUAGCCGGUCGCCUUCGGUGUUCCUCGCCUCUUCGGCCCGGCUCGCAGGUGGCGCUGGCAAAGUGAUCACCGCAACAUGGGCGCCUUUGUGUGACGCAAACACUGGUCGUGUUUUGCCGUGCAGCACCAUAAGCCAUGCCUGACGAAUAAAGCCACCCUUUUUGCUAAAAGCAACACAAAAGGGGAGGUGGGAGUAAUCCCACAUGCCUCCUCACGUAGAACCCCUUCAGUGCAUCCCGCUGGAGUGAUCGGCCCACCUCCCAGAGGUUCCAGGUUCUGUCUCGCCCCCUCCUGCACUUAUCUCCCCGCCCAACCAGCAGACGCACGACUCAUCGCAAUGCCAAUCCACCUGCGAAUAACCAACACCUGAGGUCUCAUGCGUCCAGUGAGCGCCGAUUCAGACGGUCCUGCUCCUCCCGCCAACCUCUCUUGGCCCUACCCGCUCGUGGCCUCCCUGCCUGCCUCCGAGAUGUCCCUGCUCCAGUCGCUGGGUCCGGUGCAAAGCUGGCUGGGCCAGGAGCUGGAGAAGUGCGGGAUCGACGCCAUGAUUUACACCCGCCAUGUCCUCAGCCUCCUCCUGCAUGACAGUUAUGACUACGACCUGCAGGACUACCUUCACGAGAAUGACAUCUUUUUGGGCUGGGAGAAGGGAACUGGGAAGAAAUGGGGCAAGAGUAAGAAGAAGGGCGGGACCGACCUGAGUCUCGAGGAAAUGAAGAAACAAGCUGCGGUGCAAUGUCUUCGUUCUGCAUCUGAUGAAAACUCUGGAAUUGAAAGCCUGGUUGAGGAGCUUUGCUCCAAACUCAGGGACAUUCAAAACAAACAGAAAGAGGAAAAACAGAUCCAAAAGAAGGCUGAUGGAGCACAUUCUCCUGAUCGAGUUGAGUCCCCCUCUCCUAAGGAUCAGGUGGAAAUGUAUUAUGAAGCCUUCCCACCUUUGUCAGAGAAGCCUGUUUGUCUCCAAGAGAUCAUGACCGUGUGGAACAAAGCCAAGGCAUACUCGAGUUCUUCGUCCUCUGCUGCUCCGCAGACCAGCACGGACACUUCCUCCCCAAAAGAUUGCAACAGCGAAUGCGAGGCUGCCAAGGAGCGGAAGGCCGACCCGUGCGGUGCCGUCACCGGUGUGUCCAACGAGAAAGGCCAACAACGCCGAAGCAAGAAGGAGAAAGAGAACCGAUACCAUGGCGGUGCCGCGGCAGAAGACAAGAACAGCGUCCACUCAAAGAGACAAACCAGACACCGAUCUGAGGGCAAAUAUCGGGCCCGAUCCUGGUCUUCUGGCUCUAGUGAGGCGGGCUCGAGCUCAAGUGGGAACCCGGGCGACAAGUCAUUCAGACACAAGGCGGUUAGAGUAAGGCACAAAUCCAGGGAGGUCGGGAAGAGUAAGAGACAGCGUAAUUGCGGACAGUUGAAGCUUCAGCUGAAGGUUAUCGACAAGGAGGAGCGACGGAAUGCGGGAGGGUGCGGUGCCACCACGGGCACAGGCAAAGCACCGCAGCUUUACAAAAAAAGUAGGAGAUCCCUCAAGGAAGGUUCUAAAGAUCCAGUCUGGGCGCAAGAAAAUGAGGUGGCCUUUGAGGACAGAAACACAAAGGAAUACAUGGAGGAGCCACUUUGGUACACCGAGCCCAUCACGGACUAUUUUGUACCAUUUAGCAGCAAACAAAGCAAGCUGGAAACAAAGUAUCGGAGCAAAGUGGGCUUUCCCGAAGACUUUGCCCUGUCAGCUGACAUGGCUCUGCUGCCGGAGAAAAUACAGGGAAUCUGUUUUGCCAACGAGAGCCACCAGAGAACGUACCUUGCGGCGGGCUCAUUUGUCGACGGCCACUUUGUGGAAGCACCCGGCGAAGCCGAGGAGGAGGCUGCUGAACUCACUGGGACCUCAAGCUGCCCUCAGCCAGAGGAUAGUGGACAUUUAGAUGACAAGCAUCUGCCAGAAUUCACCGACUUCUAUGAAGUUGAUAUUUAUCAAUCCAUAUUGGAAACCAGUGCCUCAGACUCAUAAGAGAGUCGGAUCCUCGGCAUGAUUCGGCAAAAGAGCAACGAGCAAAGAGAAUCCUGUUUAGUGUUAGACGGCCUGGAGCAGCAAGGGAACAGUGCAAUAAGGACAGACUUGGAGGAAGCUUCGGGAUCCUAUGGGUUUCUCAUGGAGGAUCUCGACAAUUUGGCUCAAGUCUGGGGAUGUUACUCGCCCUCCACUUCGGACGAUAUCGACGGAGAAAGCUUCUUGGGCGACUCACCCGUUCGGCUCUCCCCCCUCCUUGAUAGCGUUUCUUUCACCCUGAGCAAUUUAUCUGGAAAUCCGGCGGAGCCGCAAAUCCCCGAGGCGUCCGGCGAGCCGUCCGGCUUGGCCUCGUCUUGCUUCUCUCUUUUUGAGCUGCAGUACGACAGUCCCACUCUUUCUUUUCCCCGCGACGCCCUCUCCGUUGCUCUCGAAAGCAACGCCGAUCAUAGUAGCUGUCUCGACCCGCAUGCGAGUAAACAGUCUCGUUUGCUGAUAUGGACCAAAAAUAGUGCCUUUGAUGAAACGGAACACUGCUCCAACCUUUCGACACGAACGUGCAGCCCGUGGUCUCAUUCAGAAGAGACUCGUUCGGACAACGAGCACGCAAAUGUUCCCGCCGAGGACCCGCCCGCUCUGAUUGGCACUGAUGAAAUUGAUUGUAUCAUCCCUCCUAUUUCUGGUACAUAUCUAGAGGAUGAAAUCUUGGACUUCCUGCAGGAAGACUCCGGGCGCAAAUGUGAGGAGACGAGUGUUGGCACGGCAUCCUGUCAGGCAUACACCAAAAAAUCAAAAUUGGAGUCCCUCUGUGGGAUCGCGUUGGAGGAGGACGAGAGUAAACAGUACAUCACGGGCGUUUUCUCAGAUAACGCAAACCAACAGAAGGGCGAGUACAGCUCAGGAAUCAUCAAAGACAUUUGGUCCGCAGUCGGGGAGGCGAAGUUGGUGGUGUCGAGGCAAAGCGGUAAGAAAAUGAGCGAGACGGUCUUUUCCGAAGAUUCCGGCGGUUACUGUGGCAGCUGUCUGGAGGCGCAAGCCAAAGGCGUUGAGAAAAAAGCAGUACAGCGCUCCGAGUAUCACCUCUGGGAGGGCAAGAACGAAGAUCAGGACUUGGCCGAAAGCAAACUCUCCAAGUUAGACGGCGCCGGGGAUUACAUGACUCCGUCCAAACCCUGGGAUUUGCGAUCGGAUAAAGACGGUACGUCUUUCAUCAUCGGCGGGGUGUACGGAGAGUUCAAGACGUUAAGUUGCGAUAAGAGUUGGGCUGUCGUGCCACCGAGUGAAUCUCAGCAUAGCUUGCUGCAGUCUGCCGCCGCGUCGGCUUCCAGUUCCGAAAUGCUGGCGAUCGCCGGCGCCGACCUGUUUGUCAACAAGGGCAGCUGCUUCGCGCCAGGACACCGGCGCCUGUGGCGGCCUCUCGUGUCUUUCGGCCAAAGCGAGCGUGUCGUUACGGGGAGCAGGGACUGCUUGAAUAAGGGAUUUUCGUUGAUUUUCCGGGAAGAUUUGCUGGGAUCUUACGACGGCUUACGGAGCCAGGAGGAGCGUUUAGAAUACCCGUUUGCCUCUUUCAACCUGAACAAUCCCUUCUCUCAAGUUCUCCACGUGGAGUGUUCCUUCGAGCCAGAGGACAUGGCUUCCUUCAGUCCAGGGUUCAAGCCCAAAUCCAUUCUGUGCUCCGACUCUGAGAGCGAAGGCUUCUGCCCGCAAAUUUAUGGCAUCAACCAAACCCAGUACAGGGCCAUUCGCAUUUCCCCCAGGACUCAUUUCCGGCCAAUAUCGGCCUCAGAAUUGUCUCCCGGCGGAGUGAGCGAUUCGGAGGCAGAGACGGACAAAGAGGAGGCGAGUUUCCCCGUCCCGGCGCCGGCGGACGCCUUUGACGAUCCGCAGGCAGAUCUCAAACCACUCGAGGAGGACGCAGAGUGCGAAGGCCCGUAUUACGGGAAGUCUGAACUGGAAUCUGGUAAAUUCCUCCCCAGGUUGAAGAAGUCCGGCAUGGAGAAGAGUGCCCAGACCUCUCUGGAUUCCCAGGAAGGCCCCGGUGUCCUCCUGCCCAUCGCUGAGCAAGAGAGCUUUUUAGGCUGCCAAACGGCAGGCGAUGAAUCAACUGCAGGCGGGCAGAAGACCACCUCCGCCGGCCCGCAGCAAAAAGGGGGCUCUCCGGCAGAAAAACAGACGUACCUGUGUGCCGCGGCAGGCCAAAUCCCAAAAUACGGGAUCGCGUACGACUUUGUCGGAGACGUUCCGGAGUUCCCUCUGUUAAAUGUAAGCGGCGCCCAGGACGAUGAGUGCUGGUGGCAAAACACACUCUGCCCGCCCUUGUUCCCUGGCUCUCAAUGUACAGGGAGCAGCAACAUUUGAGUUCUUCACUUUUGCAGUGGACUUGUGUAGGCGAGAAGGAAGUUGCUCAGUUUUGGUGACUGGACUGCUGCCAGGUUUUAUUCAGGUUCACCUCGGAGCCACAAAAACCAAACGUAGGCUAAUUUCUCGAGCUUUCCACAAGCCGCCCCCCCCUCCCCCUCCCCACCCCACACACAGAAGGAAUAACUGCUGGUUUUUCAUUUACUAACUCGAUGCUUGUGUAAUCAACAAUCAGCUCGACGACAAAAAAAAAAGGUUAAAAUAGGAUAACGAAAAAAGUUUUGUUUUGAGUGAUGCCACGUGCCGAUAUCCGUAUGAAGCGUUUUCGAAUCCAUUGCAGCUGCUCCAGCUUUCUUUCAGUUUUGCUCCUUCCGCCACACGUCGCUUCUCAGCUACUACACUUGGACAUUUGGUGGCAUCUUGAAUGGUUGUGGAUGUGCGUUUGUUCAACUCGUCUCACUCCUUUUUUUUUUUUUUUUUUUUUUUUUCUAGUUGAUUUAAAAAAAAAAAAAGACAAAAAACCUAAUUACCGAGUAAAACAACCGCAGUCCCACGCGCUACUCUCCAUCUUCCGUCAAAGAAAUAAUAGAUGAUUGCUAUUUUUGAGUUGUGCUCUUCAAUUUUCAAUAGUUUUUUUGGGAUGAAUUUCUAAAGUAGCGAAUGCGUGUGGGUUUUUUUUUUUUUUUUUUUUGGAAGAUGGGUUGCCCCAGUUAAUCAUGGAAGAUAAUUAUUAUUUUUUUUAAGGGGGGGGGUAUCAAAAGUGAAGAGGGGGGGGGGGG